CGCCUCUCCACAGGACACCAUGGUGAAGCUGGGUUGCAGCUUCUCUGGGAAGUCGGGCAAGGAGCCCGGGGACCUGGACGGGGCUGCCGUGGACAGUGUCCCUCUCAUCAGCCCCCUGGAUGUCAGCCAGCUGCAGCCACCGUUCCCGGAGCAGGUGGUCAUCAAGACGCAGACGGAAUUCCAGCUGUCCUCUCCGGAUGCAGCCAAGAGCUUCUCCGAUCUGGAGGCCCAGAAGCUGAGCGGCAAUGACUCAGAGGAGGGGCGCAGGCUGCCCACGGCCCGGAUGAUCGCCUUCACUAUGGCACUCCUGGGCUGUGUCUUGAUCAUGUACAAGGCCAUCUGGUACGACCAGUUCACCUGCCCCGACGGCUUCCUGCUCCGGCACCACAAGAUCUGCACCCCCGUGACCCUGGAGAUGUACUACACCGAGCUGGACCCCGAGCGGCACCGCAGCAUCCUGGCGGCCAUGGGCGCCCUCCCGCUGGGCCGCAAGCACGGGGCUGACGGGCCUGCCUGGGGACGCAGCGCCCGCGCGGGCAAGGAGGGGCCCAAGGUGCCCACCCCCGCACCCGCGCCCACCGGGCCCCCGGGGAGGCCCUCCGCCGCGGAUGCUGCGGGGAAGGCGGGGAGCGCGCCGCCCCCGAGCCCCCAGUGACGCCCGCGCCCCUCGCCCUCAGCCGUCCAG